CUGCAGGAGUUCAGUGCGAGCCAGUGCAGGGGGAGGUGGAUUUGGUUUGUUCUCUUGGUGUCAGUCUCCGGUGCGCAGCCCGUCACUGGCCCACCGCUGUCCCAGACAUGGAUUCCCGGGUUCUACACCCGCACCAGGCCAUUUGGAACCUGUGAGAUACCUUCCAGAUAUGAGGUGCCGGUGGCAGUAGUAACCGCUCUGCAGCUCCAGGACGGACCCUCCGGCCGGGAGAUAUUCGCAGCUGCAGAACAACUUGGACACUGAUUAUUUGGGGGGAAUUAUUUUGCCGAACCUGGAAACCAUUGUAAAAGUUACAAAAUGGAUCAGAUGGAGCCCAUCCCGGAGACUUCAUCCCCAAGACACAAGAUGUCGUUGGUCACUCCACUUCGCGCAGCUAUCCGAAUACGGAGGAAGAUCCGAACGAUGAAGCUGGACCUUUCUAGUAGGAGAACGCUGGACAACUCCAAAACAUGUUUACUUCGCAGACAGCUGUCCACUGAGAGAUCGCUGUAUAGGUCCUCAAGCUUUGAGACUCCUAAAUUUUUUAAUUUUGAUACUCCAACGUUGGAGAAGAUUGCCUUUAGUAAUCUGAAGCGCAAGAAAAAGCGCAGGAAGUCCAGACCGGUGUUGUAUCCGGGAAACGGUAAAAAAUAUCUGCCGAUAGAACAGAAGAGCAAAGCCAAGAGGUGCCUCAUACUGUUUAUCGGGAUAGUUUGUUUUCAGAUCCUGAACGCUAUUGAGAAUCUGGAUGACAAUGUCCAAAAAUAUGAACUGGAUGGACUGGAGAAGACCAUGCACAGGGAAGUAUUUGGGCAAAAGAUUGCCAUUGAUAAAAUUAUGGACCUCUUGAAGGACUACUUGGCAACUCACUGCCACAAUAAGCCUUUGGUCAUCUCGUUAAAUGGACCUAGUGGAGUUGGCAAGAGCCACAUGGGCCGGAUAUUGGCCAAACACUUUCGUUCCGUCAUGGACAACGAUUUUGUUAUGCAAUAUUACGUGAUGCACAACUGCCCAAAAGACAGUGACAUCGCAAACUGCAAGAUGGAACUCGCCGACCUGAUAACAGACAUGGUCACUCGGGCGGAGAUGGAGGAGAAGAUCCCUGUCUUAAUAUAUGAUGAGAUGGAGCUUAUGCCCCCAUCCCUUCUGGACAUGUUGAAAGGUUACUUUGAAUUAAAUCAAAGCAAUGAGUAUCUCAAUGCCAUCCACCUCUUAAUCAGCAACAUAGGAGGCAACGAAGUCACCAGAUUUAUUCUGAAGAAUGCCUCCAGCGAUGUUCUAGAUGUUCCACAGGAGCUCCACCGCAUCGUACAGUCUUCCCUGAGACAGCACCAUACCAUCUUUGAUGUUGCUGAAAUCGUUCCCUUCACCUUGCUGGAAAAAAGCCACAUUGCAAAUUGCUUCUUGGACGAGCUACUCAGGGAAGGGUUCUACCCAGACAAUAACAACAUCGAGAACUUGGCAGGACAGUUAAAAUAUUACACUAUAGAAGACAAACAAUAUUCCAUCACGGGAUGCAAGCAGGUGGUAACGAAAGUUAACCUUCUACAUCCAUACACAUGACAGCCGAAAUCAAGUUUAUCGGCAUUGUGGUCAUUGAAGGGUGUUAGAUGCCAAGCAUUGUCUCGAGCCAAUGUAUCGUGCUAUGAUGCCAUGGAAUGACCAUCCCUUGACUAGAACAAAGGAUGUAUUAAUGAGGAGCAUUACAGACUUUGGCAUUCUCUAACCAGUGAGACAAACAUUCCAAGAACAUGGGGGAAAAACCAGACCAAAAAAAAAGCAAAAACAAUUAUAAUAGAUACGCUAAGUAAAAAAUAAAAAAAAAUGCAGAUGAUCGUUUUGGCCAUUAGAGAGGCUGUACCGGUCACAAAAAAUGUUCUGCUCUGUAUUUUCGAGAACCAACUUGAUAUUUAUGGAGAUGUCAUAUAAAAGUGGAGGACUGAGAUUGAUUGAUAUAGAUUGAUGUAAUACGUAUGGAUUGUUUUUUUUUUUUUGUUUUUUUUUACAGAUUCAGCAAUUCCUAUAAAAAUAACUAUAUAAAAACAUCUAAGAACAGAGCAAAAACUUUUUCAGACUGAGUAACGCGUUUCGCUGAUUUUGUUUUCCUUUGUGGACGCAUCUUGCGACUCCGUUUGCUUCCUACUUUGCAUAAAGCCCGUUGUGCACUAAAUAGAGUCUGCUCAAGACAUUUUUAAGAACUUUUUCAGCUUCUCCCACUUGUGUAGAAUAUAUUCCUGAAAGAUAAAAUAGAUGCUAGACCGGAGCUCUCUCUUAAGGAGGUAUCUGCACAUUUUUGACAUUCUCUAGCUCCCUUGUCUUUCCCUCCCGGCCAACUUAGAUGUGUCCGCGUGUCGAGUGAGGCCUGAAUAAACAGUACGGCUGCAGAGCCUGUAACUUGCAGAAGUGAUUCUUAACAAAGCUGUGGAGUUUGAAGUUGAAUUGUGUUUUUAUUUGAAAUAUUGUUUUAUAAAAAAAAAAAUUCAAAUUA